AUGGCUAAGAAAAUUGCUUAGUAAAAGCAGCCAGCCCCAGAUAAGCAAAAAGGCCAUCAACAUCCAGCCUUGAACCACCCACUCUUCCAGCAGUUUGUAUUUAAAGACUAGAGUGUGUUCCCAGACUCUAUUAAGGUCAUUGAUGUGCAAAAAAUAAAGGAUGAAAUCGAAUCAAAAAACAAGAAAAUAAUAAAUAAAAUUAGCUUUGAUGUCAAGUAUUUCUUAUUUGCCAUCGUACAAAUCAUAUUUGUAAAUCUCCUCAUCUUUAAAUAGAACUAUGAGUAUAUAAACUUUGACUUGGUUAUAUUUUCUGCACUAAUGCUUGGUAGAACUAUAUACCUAAAGAUUAUAGCUCACAAUUCGUAUUUGGGUAUAUAAGUUCGUAAUAAUCAGGCAAAUCGACAUGUAAUGCUAAAUAUGAUAAUGCUUGUUCUUAUGAUAAUUCAAAUCAUUGUAGUUUGGAGAUUAUUCAUUGGAAAUAACUUCCACAAUUUUAUAUGUCUAUUCUAUCCGAUAAUGUUUGAACUGCUGCUAUUUGGAAUACAGACUAAGUACGCUUUGAUAGACUAGCCAAAUCAAUCUGAUUGUGCCAGUAAUCAGCGAUACUCAUCUUCUAUUCAUGAAUUUCAGCACCUUGUCAAAGCUAUUGUCUUCCAAUCCUUUGAAUUAGCUUAUUUCACAGGAUUUAUCACAGUUAAAUUUAUCCCAUAGGACUUGGUCAUUUACUUCGAUAGCUUCUCAGUGUACAUAUUUACCCUUUUCCUAUGGAUAAACUCUGUUACCAUACUUUUCAGUCAUUACCUACAAAUGAGAUGUAUUGAGCUUCAGUUUAAUGCUCAACUCUUAGGCAAGUGGACCUCAAUAAAGAAAGUUUCAAGUCUUCCAGCAACUCAAAGCAAUAAUAUCUCUCAAGAAAGCUCAUCCAUUGACGAUCUUAAAAAAACCUCAACUAUCAGUAAAGGAGAAAGAUAAUCAGCAGAGAGUAGUAAAGCCAAUCUGCUUACUCAUACAAUAUAAUUAAAUACAAAUGAUUUAACAAGUAACCCUAGUAACACAACAGCUAAUGCAUAAGGUAAUAACUAGAUUAGCAGCAUUAUUACCACUGUAGAUUAGUUGAACUUGCCAAGUUGGAACUAAGUUUAGAGCUAUCAUAAGGAUUAAGUAAUUAGCUACAAAAAGAAAGCCUAUUAGGCAGUAUCAGAUAUUGGAAACUUUUCCAAGCCUGAUGAUUUGUUCUCUCUUGCAAUUUAUGAGACAUUCAAUCAACCUAGUAGAACUUUCAUUGGUAUUCACUCCAUCUAUGGCAUGGGAGUGUUACUCUACACAUUAUUUGCUCUAGCACAGAGAAUUCAGCUAUAUCUCUAUCUUGGAUAGUUAGUAGCAAGCUAUCUCAUGAUGCUUAACAGUUUCAAGUUUUCGAAGAAUGUGACUAGAAAAUAUGCUUUCAUCAAUCAGCUUUCUGCAGUUUGA